GGAGGGGCGGGAGGCCGGGCUCUGGCUGCCGGGAGCCCCGCGUCUCAUGGUGGGCAGGCGCUGCCUCAGGCUCCUCUCGCUGCUUCCGAAGCCGGCGCCGCAGUUGAGGGACGCCUCGCCGCCGCAGAGGAGCCCCUUCGCCAUGGAGGACGAGGAGGAAGACCUGCCCCGAGAGAGUUCGUCACCAAAUGACAUGGCUGAAGAACAGCCAUUCGCUUGCAAUGAAAAUCCGAAAGGAGCAGUAAGAAGACGGCAAAAUUCAAGUCAAGGUUCCCGGAGCAGUGAUUCUUCUAGGGCAUCUAGAAAAAGCUUCAGACUGGAUUAUAGGUUGGAGGAAGAUGUGACAAAAUCAAAGAGAGGUAAAGAUGGAAGGUUUGUCAACCCCUGGCCAACGUGGAAGUCCCCCUCUUUCCCAAACGUUUUGAAGUGGGCUCUUACGGAAAAGGACAACAGCAAGAUCCCAUCUUCAAAGCAGGACCUUGACAAAGAGCUUCCAGUAUUGAAACCUUACUUUGUCAAAAAUCCUGAACUAGUUGGAAAAACUGGAUCUGGCAUGCGCGUAACAUGGCUUGGACAUGCAUCAGUGAUGGUGGAAAUGGAUGAACUUGUAUUUCUUACGGAUCCCAUCUUCAGCCAGCGGGCUUCUCCAGUACAGUUUGGGGGGCCAAAGCGUUUCCGAGGGCCUCCUUGUACAGUGGAUCAGCUCCCCAAGAUAGAUGCAGUGAUGAUCAGCCACAACCAUUAUGACCACUUGGACUACCACACUGUCGUGAAUUUAAACAACCGCUUUGGCAGUGACUUGAGAUGGUUUGUUCCGCUGGGUCUCUUAGACUGGAUGCAGAAAUGUGGCUGUGAGAAUGUAAUUGAAUUGGACUGGUGGGGAGAAAACUGUGUCCCUGGCCAUGAUGCCGUUACCUUCGUUUUCACUCCUUCUCAACACUGGUGCAAGAGGACUGCAAUGGACGACAACAGAGUUCUCUGGGGCAGUUGGUCUGUCUUGGGACCCUGGAAUAGAUUUUUUUUUGCUGGAGACACCGGCUAUUGUGUUGCUUUUGAGGAAAUAGGGAAGCGGUUUGGACCUUUUGAUCUGGCAGCUAUUCCCAUUGGAGCAUAUGAACCAAGGUGGUUUAUGAAGUACCAACAUGUGGACCCUGAAGAAGCUGUAAGGAUUCACGUUGAUGUUCAAACGAAGAAAUCUGUUGGAAUUCACUGGGGGACUUUUGCUUUAGCAAAUGAGUACUACUUGGAUCCUCCGGCUAAACUGAAGGAAGCUCUUGAGAGAUACGGACUGAAAACUGAAGAUUUCUUUGUCCUGAACCAUGGAGAAUCACGAGACCUCAAUAUAAAUGACGAUGGAUUUGAAUAAAAUUUUAAAAAUCCAAUUUCUUACUGACUUCCACCUGAAGAAACAGUUGGAAUUGAUACCUUUUUGUAAAAAUUUAAACAAGAUUUUUAAGAUUCAGCUAUUUUGUUUCGUUAUCCAAUGGUCCCACCCAAACCUUUGCAUACCAGCCUUAUAAUUUUGUGUGUGUGUGUCGGGAGCGACUUGAGAACCUGCAAGUCGAAGCCUUAUAAAAUGAUGUUUGUAAUGGAUGAAAUAACACUGGGUAAUAUUAACUUAGUGCAUAGGAUUACAUUGCCUGUGAAAUGAAAUAUUACUCUUACAAGUUAUGGAUUCUUUUUUUCCUACAGAAAUGCCACUAUAAAUCACCUGUUAGGACUUCACUACCAUAUUUCCCUGCGUAAUAGCUGCACUUUCCCUUUUUUAUUGAAAAAAGAGAUGCAACUAUUACGUGGUGAAAAAUAGGCAUACAGCUAUAGGGUUUUCCUUGGCUUACAGCCCAAGGAAGUCUCGUGGCUGCAAGGGGUGCCACUAUUAUGCGAGGAACAGAAGAAAAAAAACAUUUUGGGACCCCCAAAAUCGGGCUGCAAGUUAUACACGGUGGUGACUAUUAUGUGAUGAAAUAUAGUACCUUAGACACUGUCUUGCAGACAGGGGAUUGGCACUAAAUGAGUUAUUCUAUCUGAUCUAAAAAGUGGCUUUCUCUUUCAACAAUGGAGGAAUUACUGUGAAAACAGAGGUACAAGCCAUGCUUGUUCAUGCAGACUUGGUACCUACUGACAAGGAUGCUAUAGGUUCCUGACAGAAAAGGUGAUUUGUAUAUACAGAAUGGCUUCUGCAUGCACUUGAAUUCAGGCCCGCUGCAGCAGAUGAACACGGUGUCUCACAAAAACAGGCUGGGUUGUAUGGGGAGAUAUAUGGCUGUGCGUUUUGCCUCAUACGCACGUUAAUCCACUCCUCACUGGCUGCACUUAAGACACCACUUAAUGCCUGUUGGGUGCAGGUUGAAGCCACAAUAGUCCACUCUAUUUCACUAAUCAUCAACAAGGAGCACACACAUAUCCAUCUUGUGGUGACAUUAGAAAACAGGACUCACACUUACUUCCUACUAAACAUAAGUAUUCAUAGCAGGGUAUUGGGUAGCAGUCUUGUGUAUGAAUUAAUAGCACUUCAUUGGAAGCAAGUGCCACAGAAAUCUGAGUAUCUAGGAUUGGAACUUCCAUUUAUGAUCUAUAGCUCAUAAAGCAGGUACACAAUCACGUUUAUUCAGAAAGGAAACUCACAUUAAGGAAUUUGGUGUUUAAAUGUUGUUAGGACUACGCAUUUAGUCACAGGCAUUCAACAAACAACAGGUCAUUUUAAUUUUAUUUUGUAUUGGCCUGUAAUUUUAAAGCCUUUCAAUAUUAAAUAGCCCCAGGUAUGACAAUGGCAUUACCUGAUGCAAGUUUUGAGUUUUACAAUCAAUAUAGCAGUCACAUUAAAGUAAAUAGAGUUUGGAACAUUACAGCCUUUGUGUAUUUUAAUCCAUUACAUCCCCUCACCCAGUGUGUAUUCUGUGCCUUCAUAGAUGUUGAAAUAUAGGAUUUUUGAGAAGGAGUCUUCCAACACAACUGUUGCUAAAGCACAUUUUAAACAAAAUACUGAUUUUACUGGACAUGUGUACAUUUUCAUUUGCAGGUGUAAGAGCCAAGAUUGGAAAUAAUUCAAUGAAAUGUGCCUUUUAAAAGAGUUUAACUACUAAAAAUGCCUAUUUAUUUUAUUGUUGGCCAGAAUACCUGUACCCUGCAUUAUGCUGUCACUGUGAAAUUAAUCUUUCUCAUGGCCUGAGCACUUCUGUUGUUUGAAAAUCCAUUUGCCAAGUAGUUACCACAAAUGAAAUAAUCAGUUUGUUGUUCUCUGAAAUUAUUUAUUCAGCUUCUCCCCCCCCCCCCCCACCCCUUUGCUGCACCCACUCAGAUGAUUCUAGAAAAAAUGUUUUGGUGGAAUGAUUUGAAAAUGUGUACAGAUUGCUUAUAGAAUGAAAGCAUGAUAUGACUAUGAAUUCAUUCAGCAUUGUAAAUCAUGGCCAAUUAUAUCUGUGUGAAACUGCUCUACCAAUUUACAGAAUAAAGAAUUCUUCGUUCA